AUGUCUCCUCUUGUGUUUCUCUUCAUUAUCAUCUACAUGCUCACUAAUCAGUCACAAGGAAUGCAAAUGCCUUACAUGACCUCAGAUCCGAAAGAAAUCUCCGGCAAGUCAUUCGAUUACAUCCUUGUUGGAGGCGGAACUGCAGGUUGCUCCUUAGCCGCGACUCUGUCUGAGAAGUUCUCUAUUUUGGUCAUUGAACGGGGUGGCUCGCCUUAUGGAGAUCCAUUAGUGGAAGAUAGAAAGUACUUUGGUUACUCUCUGCUAAAAACAGAUGAAUACUCAUCGGUUGCGCAAAGUUUCACCUCUAGAGAUGGUAUCGAAAACUACAGAGGACGCGUCCUUGGAGGAUCGAGCGCUAUAAAUGGCGGAUUUUACAGCCGAGCUAGCGAUGAGUUUGUGAAGAAAGCUGGUUGGGACAAGGAUCUGGUUCAAGAUUCUUAUAAAUGGGUUGAGUCUAAGGUUGUUUUCAUGCCGGAAUUGACUCAAUGGCAAUCCGUUGUGCAAUUCGGGUUUCUUGAAGCUGGGUUUUGUCCGUACAAUGGGUAUAGUUUGGAGCACACACAAGGGACAAAGAUUGGUGGAAGCAUAUAUGAUCAGUGUGGGAAAAGACAUACCUCUGCAGAUCUUUUGGGAUUUGGUAAACCAAACUGCAUCACAGUUCUUCUAAACACAACGGUAAAGAGUGUAAUCUUUGACGGUAACAAGACACGCGCGGUUGGUGUUAGGUUUAUGAAGAGUGAUGGGAGCUCAAGUAAGAGCUACAAAGCUCAUGUUGACAAGCAUAGAGGCGAGGUUAUACUCGCGGCUGGAGCUUUAGGUAGUCCGCAGAUUCUCCUCUUAAGCGGAAUUGGACCCGAAAAUCAUCUAAACGAUUUCGACAUUCCCGUGAUUGCCAAUCUCAAACAAGUCGGAAGAAAAAUGUCGGACAAUCCAGGGAUAUCUCUUCUUGUUGAUAGAUUCUCUCAAAACCGCACACUCGAGCCACCUCAAGUCGCGGCGAUAUCUGAAGGUUACAAGUUCAUUGUCGAAUCCCAGGUUCUUCCAACUAACAUCACCACAACAAGAAUCUCUAUAGCAGCCAAAAUCGCGUUCCCUAAAUCCAAAGGAAGGCUCAAACUUAACAGCAUUAACCCUAGAGAGAAUCCUUCAGUGAAAUUCAAUUACCUAGAAAGCAAGGAAGAUCUCGACGCAUGCUUAGAGAUGGUUCUUCUUCUUCAACACGUAGCGAGGUCAGAGACUGUAACACUCUUCUUGGGAACACAGACUCAGGAAAAGCUUUUGGGAGGUGACGAAGAGCUUAAGAGCUUCUGUAAAGACAAUGUAAGAACUUAUUACCAUUACCAUGGCGGAUGCGUUGUGGGAUUCGUCGUGGACGAGGAUUAUAAAGUGAAUGGUGUGAAACGAUUAAGAGUUGUUGAUGGUUCAACGUUUGAAGAAUCACCAGGAACUAACCCUAUGGCUACGGUUUUAAUGUUGGGAAGAUAUCAAGGAAUCAAAAUACUCAGAGAACGAGAAGUUAAGGAAGAAGAAGAUGAGAGACUUCUUAGUCCUCAAGGAAGUCCACAACCACAACCCUAG